GUGGCGGCGGCGGGUUUUGGUUACCAGCGAGAUGCAGCAGCAGCGAGAGCAAACACGUCCCUGUAAAAUGGGGCUCAGCAAGGGGAAAGUGGUGUUGGACAGAAGCUCAUCAAUCAGCAGUGAUCUGGAGAGAUGCUCUAUACACACUGGCACUGAGGAGGAUCGCAGGAAUAGCUCUCAGAGCAAAGUCACUGUGGAGAAACUAGAAAGGGAAAACGCUAAGCUGAAAAUGCAGUAUGAAGAGCUGAAGCGCCAGUAUGUGCAGCUCCUGGAGGAGGCGAAGGAGGAGAAGUUUGAGGAAAGGAGAGUCAACCUGCUCAAAGCUCAGGUUAUGCAGCUGGAAAGACAGGUGAUUUUGCUGUCUGAAGGUCUGAGCUCGCAGCUGUGCUGCAGUCAGGAUGUAGAGAAGGCUCUUGAUCCUCUAACACACAGAUUAAGAUCACUGCUGAGCUCUGGAGGUGCUGAUGAGGUGAUCAUAGCUUGGUCUGAGCUCACCCAGCUCGUGGAAAGGUGUGAAGAUGUGAAGCAGAAGCUCCACAGGAAAAUUAAGGUGAGCUCGGCGGAGGACCUGGCCGUUCCCUGGCUGCUGAGCGGGUCAAAACUGACCAAGCAGCCCACCACCACCCUGCUGGACCUCUGCUACGGCAAGAUAAAUAACCUGAACCUUCAGCAAGUGAGCGCUCUGGAGUCCAGGCUCAGCCAGCUGUUCAAACACCUGCACGGAAUACGACAGACCGUUGGCCUGAUCCUCGCCCCUCACCCAGAUCUCCACCCCGCUAAGCUAGCAAGUCCCAAGCAAGUCCCGACGCCCCCGGCUCCCUCAGCCCUCUACGCCCGGCUGCUCAACCAGGCCAGCCUCUGCUGCUCAGACCUGGACCGCUGCUGCCGAGACCUCCUGACCCUGUCCCUCAUCGUACCCUCGGCACCCUGGGCUGGCUCAGAACAGCGGGUGAUCCCUGAGCUGGAGGUGGAGAAUAUCCUGGCAACGCUGCCUGCCUUCCCCCGGGGAGCGCCCCUCCAGCGGGCCAGACGCUCCGCCCAGGCCCUCAGCCGAGCCGCCAAUUACUCACUGCUAAUGGCCCAGCAGCAGGUAGAAGCUCUGGAGACUGAGCUGGAGUUCCACAGGAGCCUGUACAGCCUGCAGGUGCGAACCGUAGAGGAGCUGGUGCAGGGAAUCCGCCAGGCCUACCAAACCUUCCAGGAGAACAUCUCUCACAGCCUGUGUGCUCCACUGCAAGAUGUCCUUUCAUGUUACGAGGAUCUGAGGGGCUCGGCGUCGGAGGCUGCUCUCCGCCGCUUCCUGUCAGCUUUUAAGAGCAGCUCGGCGCAGAUACGUGAGGCAGUGGAGGCCUUCGGCCCUUCAAAGAGUCAAGGAGAUGAAGCCCUGGCGCAGUACGGUCGUGAUUUCCUGCAGUCUGUGGAAGCUCUGCUGAAAGACUGCGCUGAAAACAGAGAGAAAGCAGCCAGUCAGCUUCAGCUGCUUCAGCACGAGCAGCAGCAGGCCUUACACACCCUACACACACUCUCCAGAGCCCACCGGAGAGAGCCCAGCAUCCCACCAGCCCAGCCACAUGCACCGGGUCCUGCUACCACGCAGCAGGUCAGCCCUCCAGCCCUGGAUCAGUCUGGAAACUCUGGAGACCCCAGCAGGAGACCCCCAGAUAAACAACCCACUCUCCUGCCAGCCCAGCAGGAGCACAGAGCGCUGAGAAAGCCUCUGACAGAGGACAUCGCAUCAGAUACCUCCAGACACGAGACGCCCCAACCCACCGGGGUCAACCAGAGGCCAACCAGGAGGAGGAGGAGGAGUUCUCCCAGGAGCAGAGAGGUAGCAGCUAAAGCAGAGCAGCAGUAGAGCACUGAUAUUACAGACACUGCAGAGAGAACAGGUUACGCCUGCUUCAUGCUUUUCAUUAUUAUAAUAUAAUAUUAUACACUUUUAAAAGUGGUUGACUUAAUGCAGUAUUAAAUGUCUUUUUCCUGAUAUAUCUCAUUAACAACAGUGUAUUUGCAAUAUUCUAAUUUUCAUGAUUUUCUUAUGCUAUUACUCACAACAUGACAUACCAGUACCAGUCAAGUUUAGACAAACCUUCUAAUUUUUUUUCAUACAUUGUAAACUAAUACUGAAGUGAUUCAGACUAUAAAGGAACACAUAAAAAUAAUGUAGUAACUUAAAAAAAGUGUUAAACUAACCAAAACACUCUGAUAACUCGUUACCACUUUAAAAUAAGACUACCUUUAUAA